CUAUGUAUCCCACAAAUUCUGAAUAUGUGCAAGCUGUGAAGACGCUGGUAAUGAAGUAUCCUUUCCUCAAGGAUUGUGAGGGAAAUGGUUAUGGACCAUGCGUCCAAGGAGAGGAUUUAUUAUCCAUAGACGCCCACUUAAAGGUCUUACAGUGCCAAUAUCAGAAGAUGCAACCAGAUACCAUGGUGGUUCAUAACCGUAUGCAGCAAACGUUUGCUUGGCGGCAAAAAGAAAUUGCAGAUGGUAUGCCUGUGGAGGAUGUGUUGAAGAAGUACCCCUUCUUAGGGAUGCCUACUGGUCUGUGCAACGAACUCGGGUGGAUCCAACCAACAACGGGUAAUGUAAGCCAGCGAUUUCGUGAAGGGCUCUCAUGUGUUGCAGCAAAGGUGAUUGACCUUACACGAGGGAAAACCCCACUCUACCAGCUCUACCUUGAUGCAAGAGAGGAGGCUCUCACUGAUGACCUACCAGAUCUUGACACAAGGGCUGCACUUUUAUUCCUGCCAUACGUCUUCAAGGAGAAACUGGAUCUCUUUGUCAUACUUGGAGAGGUUCAUCCUAAAACCCCCUAUCCAACUGUUCAGCUACUUCAUGAAGACUGGAAACCAGUGUUCUCCAGAAGCGCUCCAAACAUUGUGAAGUUGGAUGGCAGUGAAGUGUGCAGAACCUCGUGUAUUUUUGAAGGAAUCAUCUCUUCUUUCUGCUUGUAUUUUGUCUUCAACCUUGCUUACCCAAAACAUCUGAAGAACACCCUGAUUUUUCUCCAAAAGUACAUUGUGAAAAUAGAUGAGGGUGAGGACCGGCCUCUGCCAAUCACAGUCACCAGACAAAUAAAUCUUCUGUAUUGACCACCAUGCCUCAGCCAUAUCAGUGCUCCAAAUGUGGCAGAAGAACCUUUAGUUUGACAAAGCUUAUUCAGCACAUAGGACUUAUUCAUUCCCAUGAUGCCAAUUUUGAUAUAACUUGUGGACU